CGAGUACAUAACAUUUCGCCAUUGUUGUGUUGUGCAUUCGGGUAGGACAGAUAUUGAGAAGUGUGUUUUUGUUUCAGAUACUUGAGAACGUCCAUCCAAUACAGAAUACACAAAAUGUCAAAUAUAAUCGUUGCUAAACCUUUAGAGUUAUCAAAUUGUCAGACUGGGAAGAAGAAUACGAAGACUGAAAAACGUUUGGAGGCUGAUGGGUUUUCAACGAAAUCCAGAAUGAAGAAUGCAAAAGUAAAGGCACCACCAUGUGCUGGUGCGUUUAUUGAAAGACCUCUUGCAAAACCCACAGUAUUCAGGAAAUUCUACGAAAGAGGUGAUUUCCCAAUUGCUUUGGAACAUGAUACAAAGGGAAACAAGAUUGCGUGGAAGGUUGAGAUUGAGAAAUUGGAUUACCAUCACUACCUGCCAAUGUUCUUUGAUGGUCUGUGCGAGACAAAGCAUCCCUGGGACUUCUUCUCCCGACAAGGUGUCCACGACAUGUUAGAACACGGUGGAAACAAAAUUUUACCAGUCAUACCACAACUUAUUAUCCCAAUCAAGCAAGCCCUCCAAAUGAGGAAUCCUGACGUAAUUUGCACAACUCUGAAAGUUCUUCAGCAUUUGGUUGUGUCUGCAGAGGUGGUUGGAGAAGCUCUGGUUCCAUACUACAGGCAAAUCCUUCCGGUGUUGAACAUCUUCAAGAAUGCCAAUCUAAAUUGCGGCGAUAGAAUUGAUUACAGUCAACAAAGGAGAACGAACAUCGGUGAUUUGAUCCAAGAAACACUAGAGGCCUUUGAACGACAUGGUGGUGACGAUGCAUUUAUCAACAUCAAAUAUAUGGUCCCCACAUACGAAUCGCAUGUAAUGAACUAAAAGACUAGCUAUUUUACGGACAACGAUAUCCUGUUUGUACUGUGUAUCUAAAUGUAUUUGAUAGGAUAGAUGAUGUUUUAAAACCAGUAAAUAAGUUUAAUUAAACAUCACCAAUUUUACAUAAAUAUGUAAUGUAAAAUUUGACAGGAAAUAUAAUGUUAGCUCUGAAGACAAGUUGUUGGCUUUGUUCUUCCAUACUUUUCUUAUGUCCACCAUUUUAAAAUAGAGAUAUUUAUUUGUAUAUCUUAAAAGUGUGUUUUCAACUUCCAUCUGUAGGUGCUUUAGAUUUGACGAUAUGCACGCAAUACCGUACAAUGUAAAUGUUAUGUAAUUUCUGCGACAGUCUUCUGAAUAGGGUUUUAUUCACUUGCUGUGUGGUUAAUCCAUUUGUUAUCCAUUGUAUUAUUACUUUCUGACAGAACUACAGUAUGAAUUGACUUGUGAAUAUGUUGUUUGAUUGACAAUCCUAUAGUUAUAUGGAAAUGUUCACAUAGGUUUUUAACAAGAUAAUUAAUUGAAAAACCUAUUGUAUGUUAAGGCACAUGAGUAUCAUUAUUCUAUCAAAAUAAGUGUCUAUCACAACACAAUCCAGAAUUUCAUGAAUUCAUUGUGCAAGAUUGGUCUUAGGAUUAGCACUAGUGUGCUAUACAUUUCUGAGCUAGUAGUCCUAAAUACUGUAAUAAAAUUUCAAAUCUAGUACAGUAUAACAAUUCUGUAAAAAAAUAAAAGGCUUAGAAUAAAAAAAAAAACAUAGUUCACAUGAAUAAGACCUUUUCUAAAUACUGAAUAUUUUUCCUUUGCAUAGACCCUUAAAUUGAUUGGUUAGAACAUGGUAAGAAUUAGCAAUAACAAGCCUGUGAAUCGGAUUAUUUUACAUACACUAUUUAAUAUUUUUCCAUAUUCAUGAGAUAUUGCCUUUAAAUUUUCAAAUAUACAAUAUUGAUUGUGUACCUUUGAGCUGCACUUACGUGAGUUGGUACAGUUUGGCAGUGCCACCAGCAUCACAUUAUUCAAUACAAAAAAUAAUGAUUCUGUGAGUAAACAGUACCCUUCCAUAGCCCAUCUGCAAUGCAAUCACAGACGGAUAUUUGCAACCACGGCAGGAAAUGUAAACUUACAAUAAUCUUAUGUCUUCAGAUAUAUUUUUUUGUAUAGCAUUAACCUUAUAACAAUAUUAGUAACUGUAUUUGAGUUGCUUCCAUUUAAAAAUGUAUACAAUAUAUUUUUUCUCACCAAUUUUUGUUUGUUAAAUCUGUCUUUUAAAUUACCUAUUCUAGAAUUUUUAUUGCAAGUAUUAUUAUAAGUUACUGGUUUGCUAAUUACUUGUAUUAUUUUAUCUUCACCUGUACAAUGUACAUUCUCAACACUUGUACAGACUUGUAAAUACAAUACCUGUAAAUAAUUUGCCCAAGUGCUCGUGUUUACCUAUAAAUGUACCCACCAAAUUUAGAGGUUACUAAAAAUUAUUAGGUUUAAUUGGUCUAACAAUUAUGUAACAUCAGCUAUGAAUUGAGUAUUAAUGUAUUUUAAUGAAGGAUUUUGUUAUACCAUCAGUUAAAAUGAUUCCUUUGAAAAUUAUCUUUUCAGAUGAAUUUGAAAUAUAUGCUGUUGCUGUAUUG